UUUUAUGAACCCCCACGAAAGAAAAAUGAAAACAGGAAGAGUUGGUUAGGCAACAGUUGAAUCUCCUGGUUCUGGUUUUUGUGAUCUCUGAGGUUGUUGUUGCUGUUGUUGUAGCAUGGCAUACAGGAGAAGGCAAAGUCUAUCAAGGGCUUCCACUUUCAGGGAAGAAUUUCAUGAUCCAUCAUCAUUGGAUGUUGCUAAGGAUUCUGAUCAUAGCCAUGCUUCUCCACCAAUCCUCUCACCUCCCUCUUCUUCUACUUCUUCUUCUUCUUCAUCUCUCCCUACUCAACCCCCCAAACCUUCUCCUUCUCGUUACCAACCCUCUCUUUCCUUUGCAUUCGCCACCCCUGACUCCGACCAUCAAAGAUCCAAGAGCUUUGAGGCUUACGGAAAUAGCAACUCCAAGUCUGGUUUCUGGGGUGUGAUUGCGCAGAAAGCCAAAUCAAUUCUGGAUGAUGAUAAGCCAAUCUCACCACACGGAACCAAGCCCCAAACAACCAAAUCAUACUCUUUUAAUACCUUUGCAGCUCCCCCUGCAACUCAGAACUCUCCUUCAGAAUUCAAGCCAGUAUAUGAAUCCCUCGACACUAACAGAAAAGUGGACAGUCCUAAAUUUCGGAAGGGCUUGGACAGAAUCACUUCAUCCCUCAAUCAACUAGGUGACACUUUUGAGAAGGCUUUUGAGGAAGGCCGAACAAUUAUGGAGAGUAAGACAGCAGACCUGAGAACUCAAAUCAGAAGAAAAUCAAGUAACUCUGGGGACACACAGCAGACUUCAGAUUUGAGAAAUCCAUUGCAAGAAGCUGCCGAGAAAGAGAAGCAAUCUAGCCAUGAAUCAAAACUCAAGGCAUCACGCGACGUGGCGUUGGCAACAGCUGCCAAAGCAAAACUACUUCUUCGGGAGCUAAAAUCAGUAAAAGCAGAUUUAGCUUUUGCUAAAGCAAGAUGUGCUCAACUUGAAGAAGAGAAUAAAAUACUCCGGGACAAAGGGGGCAGUGACAAGGGACAGAACGGUGAAGAUGAUGAUGAUAUGAUAAGGCAUCAAUUGGAGACACUUCUUGCUGAGAAGGCUCGUCUGGCGAAUGAGAAUGAGACAUAUGCAAGGGAGAAUCGUUUCUUAAGGGAAAUUGUGGAGUACCAUCAGCUGACUAUGCAAGAUGUGGUGUACAUAAAUGAGGGCAUGGAAGAAGUCACUGAAGUUUACCCUUCAGAUGCCUCUGGGGUGACACGGUUCUUAUCAGUCACACCACGUUCACCAUCACCUGCUAGGGAUGUUCUUGUCUCACCAGGCCUACCUAUGCUGUCAAAAGAAAUAUUUACUGUGAAAGAAGAGGAUGAGAACAGCACUACAGAAGUUGAGACUCCUGCUACUGUCUAAGUUUCUCCACAUACAAAAUCUUCUCUUUCUUUCUUUUUUCUUUUCUUUUCAUGGUUCAGCCUUAGAUGAAUUUCUCUUGCUUUGAGGAAAAUACGUGCAUGCUUUGAAACGAUUACUUAUUUUUCUUCAACCUUUUUAGGAAGAGAGUGGGGUAUGUGAAGAGAAAGCCAUAUUUUUUGUUUUGUGUGUGACUUUCCUUUCAUGGUGAGGUUGGUUUGGCAAAUUCAUUUUCAAACAAAUGUAUUGAUUGAUCAUAAGUUUUUGGAGCUGGAUCUAUUUCGAAUGU